AGGGGGCGGGCGGACAGGGAGGCUGAGGGGCAUUGGAUCAAAAUGGCUGACUGGUCUAGUUCCUGAGUAAAGAUGGGACGUUCCUCGAAGGAUAAACGCGACAUCUACUAUCGCCUGGCGAAAGAGGAGGGAUGGAGAGCGAGGAGCGCCUUUAAGUUGCUGCAGCUGGACGAAGAGUAUAACCUUUUUCAGGGGGUAUGCAGGGCAGUCGAUUUGUGUGCCGCUCCUGGAAGCUGGAGUCAAGUCCUGAGCCGUAAACUCAAGAAGGAAGAUCCCAACAGCUCAGAAAUCAAAAUCGUCGCUGUGGAUCUACAGGUCAUGGCUCCGCUCCCUGGGGUCAUCCAGAUCCAGGGAGACAUCACCAAGGUCUCCACAGCUCAAGAGAUUAUCAAACAUUUUGAGGGGCAGACGGCGGACUUGGUGGUUUGUGAUGGAGCACCAGAUGUGACUGGGCUCCAUGACAUCGAUGAGUACAUUCAGGCACAGCUCCUGCUCGCAGCUCUGAAUAUCACCACGCACGUGCUGAAACAUGGAGGGACCUUCGUAGCAAAGAUCUUCCGUGGGAAGGACAUCACGCUGUUGUACUCGCAGCUGAAGAUCUUCUUCAACGAGGUCACGUGCGCAAAGCCACGGAGCAGCCGUAACUCCAGCAUUGAAGCGUUUGUGGUGUGUCGUGGCUACUCUCCACCCGAGGGGUACAUUCCAAACAUGUCUAACCCCCUCCUGGACCACUGCUACGAUGUGGACUUUAACCAGCUUGAAGGCCCCAAUAGGUUCAUCGUGCCAUUCCUCGCAUGUGGUGACCUCAGUGCCUAUGACUCCGACAAGACCUAUCCCCUACAGCUGGAUCCCAGUAAGGAGUACACCUACACGCCACCCACCCAGCCUCCCAUCCGCCCUCCCUAUCAGGAGGCAUGUUUCUUGAAGAAGAAUAACCUUCUGGCCAAGGAGCGAGCCCCCUCGCCCUCGGAGAGACUCGAUCCACCCUCCGAGGAGUCCCCCUCACCCUCGGGGAGGCCCGACCCACCCUCAGAGCAGCCUCCCUCGCUUUUGGAGCCGACAGAGCUGCCCCUGGCCAAGGAGAGUGACAUCGCCGGAGCAUUCGGAGGCUUGUCUGUAACCCAGCCCGUUUAAAAUCCAGGACCAACUUUUGAGUUUAAUGUUUCAGUCACAACUACACAUCUGCUGUUUUUAAAAACUGAUGAGCAAUUAAUUAAAAGUGCAAAUAAA